AAGGAGGAUCUACUGACGUGAAGUGAGUUGCAGAGUGUGCCGGCUCGUGUCGUCGGUGGAUGUCUUACUAGCCGAGCAUCGAAGGCGCCGGCAAGGAUGGUCGACUCCGCGACUUGUCGAAACGCUGGACGCAGAACUUUACAGAGCCGAGCAGUAUGGCGCCCUCUGCUCGUCCGGCUUCGAGUGGACAGAUUGCAUCGCUGAGCGACGAAACCAAGUACGUGCGCAAGGAAGAGCAGCUCACCCAGCUCGUCCGUCAAGUUGAAGAGACCAAUGCUAGGAUACAGAUCGCCAUACUGGAAAAGAAAAAAGCGAUACAGCGUAUGCGCAUAGAACGGAGUAUACUUUAUUCACACCUCGAGCAGCAACGGGAACGAGCAGCAGGCAAGGCGCCUCAGUAA